AUGAAGGAGGAGGGAGAGAUUAAUGUCACGUUGGAGGAGGAAGGGAAGACUGGAGAUCUGAUUAACACCAGAGAAAGACCAGACUCAGAGGAACCAGAGACGUCCAACCCAGCAAGACGACGCCACUGCUCCCACUGUGGAAAGGGUUUUAACCAGUUAGGGGACCUGAAACGACAUGAGAGAAUACACACAGGAGAGAAACCUUUCCAAUGCUCCCUGUGUGGAAAGAGUUUUUCCUUGUUAGCGAGCCUGAAAAGACAUGAGAGGACACACACAAGAGAUACUCCUCAUCACUGCUCUCAGUGUGGAAAGAUAUUUAUUCAGUUAGGGAACUUAAAAAUACAUGAGAGAAUACACACAGGAGAGAAGCCUCAUCACUGCUCCCAGUGUGGAAAGAGUUUUAACCGCAAAGAAUACCUGAAAGAGCAUGAGAGAAUACACACAGGAGAGAAGCAAGAUAGACCUUUCCAAUGCUCCCAGUGUGGAAAGAGUUUUUCCUUUUUUAACCUGAAAGGACAACUGAAACAGCACGAGAGAAUACACACAGGGGAGAAGCCCUACCACUGCUCCCAGUGUGAAAAGAGUUUUGCUUGGUUAGGGGACCUGAGAAGACAUGAGAGGACGCACACAGGAGAGAAGCCUCAUCACUGCUCCCAGUGUGGAAAGAGUUUUAACCAGUUAGGUCACAUGAGAAGACAUGAGAGAAUACACACAGGAGAUAAGGAUGUAGGCUGUUGA